UCAAAUCCCCGACUGUCUUAUUGUGUUAAUCUGCAGUACACUCCUCAUGUUGAGCUCAUUAAAGCGCACACACACGCGCGGGUUCGGGAUUAUUGUUGUGCAGGGAUUAUUACUCGGGAACAGGAACCGCACACAUGACUUUAGACCUGCUUUCUGCGAUGCCGUUUUUUCACGGUUUUCCACCGAAUCGCGCUUUGCUUCAGCCGGGCAGAUCUUGAGCUGAUUCUCCACACCUGACUGCCUUCAUCUUCUUCUUCAUCAUGGCUGACAUCCCGCAGCUCAUUAAAAUCGGCGUUUCGCUGAAAACCACACCGAAUAACGGAGCCGUUUACUUCAAAUCAGACGGAACCAGAUUCGGCCAGACCAGAACCAUCAAACUACUGACCGGAACUAAAUACAAGAUGGAUGUGGUGGUCAAACCGGGAGCAGUGGAGGCGACAUCCAUGACUGUAGGCGGAGUGACGUUUCCUCUGGAGCAGCAGUCUAAAGACCCUCAGUCUGUGGUGUACAGCGGCAUGUAUAACACUGAAGGAGUAACACACACCAAAAGCGGAGAGAGGCAGCCUGUUCAGUUCACUCAGGCGGGUGUUUUCGAGACGGUCUGGCAGGUGAAGUUCUACAACUACAACAAGAGAGACCACUGCCAGUGGGGGAACAGCUUCAACAGCAUCGAGUAUGAGUGCAAACCCAACGACACGCACACACUCAUGUGGAUCAAUAAAGAGAUGUUCCUGUGAAUCAGAGGAAAUCUGAAACACAACACACACACACACACACACACACACACACACACACACACACAUGCUCUGACUGUGAUGGAAACUGCUGGAAAUGUGAAUCAGUGUAGAGAUGUAGCCUUCCCUCUGUCUAAAAGGUCAAUAGAGUGUCUUGAUGAAUUUACCCACAUUAUAAACAUACUACAGUAAUUCAUAGUAAAUACUACAGUGUUUUUGAACCCUACUAUAGUUAUAUUGUACUGUAUAUAGUAUAGUAUCUACAUCUCUUUCUUAAUAAAGGCUCCAGCUUACUGUAGUAUUAACUAAAGUGAACAGAUUAACUGUAAUGCAUACUGUAGUAUACUAGAGUUUUUACUACAGUAAACUGUGAUGUAUUGUUGUAUAAUAUACCAAAACAAAUUACAGUAUUGGCUAAUUUGUUUAUAUUAUUGUAGUUCUGUUACCAUAGCAACUGUAGAAUCACCACGGCACAUCAGUUAAUAUAGUUGUUGUGUUACCAUAGCAACUGUAGAAUCACCACAGCACAUCAAUUACUAUAGGUGUUGUGUUGUCAUAGCAACUGCAGAAUCGACACGGCACAUCAAUUAUUAUAGGUGUUAUGUUACCAUAGCAACCAUAGAAUCACUGCAACUCAUCAAUUACUAUAGUGGUUAUGUUACUAUAGCAACUGUGGAAUUGCCAUGGCACAUCAAUUACUGUAGUGGUUGUGUUACCAUAGCAACUGUUGAAUCGCCACGGCUCAUCAAUUACUAUAGUGGUUGUGUUACCAUAGCAACUGUAUAAUCGCCACGGCACAACAAUUACUAUAGUGGUUGUGUUACCAUAGCAACUGUAGAAUCACCACAACACAUCAAUUACUGUAGUGGUUGUGUUACCAUA